AUGGACAGGGCAUUAUAUACAAAUUUGGAAAAUGAAUUGGCAACAAACGCAAAAAAAGUAAAAUCACUCAGAGAGGUUGAUAUAAAAUAUCGUGCAGGCCGCAGUAUAAUGCUGCAAAUUAACUGUGUUGUUAAACUAACGCAACAAAUGCGAACCGUGGAUCAGCGCUAUAGUGAGCUAUUAGAUCGUUUGCGUCUAGGUACCUGUACAAGAGAAGACUACGAAUUUCUGUGUACACGUGUUGUGGGUCCAAAUAACAUUGUUAAAUCAUUAAAUUUCCCGCCGUGGAAAGACGCAGUAAUAUUGAUUUAUCUGAAUGAAUUGAGAACAGAACUGAACGACGGUGAACGUACCGAACUUAGAAGCCAUGUUCUAUCGUUACCUGACAAUAAAACCGAAUUAUUAUCAGGUUAUCUACCACUUGUUCCUGUUUAUGAAGCAUCAACUGAAAAUCCAAAGUCCGAUGGCAAAACAACCACGUUCCCUAGCGAGACAGUAUUCAUACAAAAGCCACUAUAUGCUUUAGUGGAAAUUCCAAAAUCAAAAUUAGAGAAAAAAUUAGAAAAGUUCAUUAUCCCCAUUCCUCUUGUUAGUAAGAGAUUCCAAGUCGACGUAAAGCCGUUGUUAUCAAAAGCAGUUCACAAACCACUGCGAAACACAAGAAUAACCGUAACACGAAAACAACUGCCAUUUGUGCCACCAUACGCCAUAAUAACACAUAAAAGCCAGGGACAAACAAUGGCUAAGAUUAUUGUCGAUUUAGUUUAUCUAACAUCGAAAAACGCUGAAACAGGCUUAGCAUACGUUCCCUUAUCUCGUAUCAAACGUCUGAAAGAUUUAGCAAUAUAUCGACCAUUUCCUUACAAGUCAUUGCUAGUCCAACCAACAUCUGACCAAACAAAUGAAUUACGUAGGUUGGAAACAUUAAACACACAGACAUUAGAAUGUUUUCAAAAUACACGAAUGUAG